UGGUCUCAAGUCAUAUGACAAUCGGAGUUGGAUAAACCACUACGCGUAAAUCAAACUUUGUUUCGCAACUUUAUGUUCACUUCCUGGAGUGUUUGACGCAAGAAUACAAGAUUGGUAAUACAAAAGAACAAUUGACAAGUUAAUGAAGGAAACAGUAUGCAGUGGAAUUUUCUACAUUAUGUUAUUCAUUGCUUAACCAUUUCAAAUUCGUUUCCUUUAAAAAGCCUAAUGAGGAAACCAAUGCCGCAAUAUAUGGAUUGAACAAUAUAUGUUUAAGAUUUAUUGCAUACCAGGGAGACUUGUACUAAUUGUAGACGCAGACGUUGUUACUGCAUUUACGCCUUUGCAUACAACAGUGUGUUUUAUUGUCAAAAGAUGCAAAUAUUAACGUCUUUAGCAAUGGAAAACAACGUGACCGUGAACAAUUUGAGUUCUUCGUACGUGAAUCAUUCAAGGAACUAUCUAAAUAUACAAGAAGACGAUUCUGUUGAAAGACAAUUUGAACAUAUUGUGAACACGUAUGUACCACCGGUUUUGAUUAUUCUUGGUACAUUUGGAAAUGUAUGUACUUUAUUGGUUAUGAGAACAAGACCAUUUCGGCAUUAUCCAAUUGGGUUCUAUAUUUCAGCAUACGCUUUAACAAGUUUGUUGACGCUAUAUUUAUUUUUGGGAUCAGAGUGGGUAGCGCUAGUAGCAGAAAAAAGAUCUAUAGACAGUCAGGCAGAUUGGAUAUGUAGAUUAUGGCAAUUUUUUAGUCGAGUGGUAACAUAUUCUAGCAUUUGGUUUGUUGUUUCUAUGACAAUCGAUCGCUAUAUAACGAUCUGGCAUAGGAAAAAAUCAUCGAAGAUAUGUACUUUGUUCAUGGCAAAAUUUGCUACUAUUUCAAUCUUCGUUGGGCUUAUUGUUGUUAGUGUACAUGCAAUGUGGACAUAUGAACUGAUGGAUGGUUGCUUCUUCUUUCAUAACGAUGAUGAUUUACAUGUUGUUAUCUGGCCUUGGAUGUCUGCAAGUUGUUAUUCAUUCAUUCCAUUAGCUUUACUCAUAACGUUUGAUAUUUUGAUAUUUACGGGGCUAUGUAUGAGAAACGUACCCGAAGAAACUGACAACGAAAUGACACCAAUGGUACUUACACAUGCCACUCUAGUUUUAUCUAUGUUUUACUUUUUGUUAGUGCUGCCACCUACUGUAAUUAAUAUCGUUGAUCAGACUUAUCCGCCAUCAUGGCUGCAAAAACCUCACUUUAGAUUGCAGUUGGCAAAAGCUAGAGUUAUCGGACAUUACAUGGCGUGGACAAAUACUGUUAUUGUAUUUUACAUUUGUAUAUUGUUUUCGCAAACUUUUAGAAAACAGGUAAAUAAUAUGCUCAAAUCACUGAUAUUUUCUAAACCGGACAGGAGAAUGUAUGAACUUCACCAUGGCUCAGAUAGUAGUGCCAGUCAAAUGGAAACGGAAAUAUCUGUAACUCUGGUUUAAACAUUUGUUUAACGAUGAAUAUACCAACUGCAAAAGCAUUGGUAAAAAAAAAGAGUCUGUAUGUAUAUGUUUUAAGAUGUUCUGUUUUUUUUAACUACUUGGGUUGUCAUAAACCAUUUUUAAUGCGUUUACACAAAGGUUAGUAAUGUUGUUGUUGGUUAACUAGAUGUUUAAAUGUUAAACUAAUACAAUGGCUGUGUGAGUCAAACUAGAGGAAGAUUGUUUUCUUAUAUGCUAAGCUGUGGUGUACAAACUAAUAGUUUUAGUAUAAUUACAUGAAGUUUCGUACAUAAAAUUAAAGAAAAAAACGUUGAUUUUACUGCUACAUUUUCCAGUAGUUCAUUUCCAUUUAUUUCAGACGGUUUAGACGAGAGAAGAACAUGUACCAUAAUGAUUGUGGUUUGUUUAAAUACAUGUGUUACUGUAAAACUAAUAAAAUGAUCAUAAAAAUAAAAAGAAAGACAUCUUUUUUCUUGUAUACUCAGUUGCGAUGUAAAAACUGUAUUUGGUUGUGUAUUCUGUCAUAAAAUUUCAUUAUUAAGACAUACAUGACAUGAAUUGUCACAUACAAUUUCAUUAUUGAGACAAACAAGAAAUGAGAAAUGAUUUUACUUCUAUUUCAACUUCAUUACUUUCAACCGUCUAGACAAUAAGAGAUUGUUAUAUGUUAAAUACCUGUUUUACUGUGAAACUUAUUUUGCCAGGAAAAUAAAAAGUACAAAGCUUAGUUCUA